GCCAGGGUGUCACAAGUCCUGCGACCUGUCCGCUGCGUCCGCUGUGCUUGUGCUGCCGCCGCCGCCACUCCACUCAAGAGACACCGGCGAGGAGGUGGUUGCAGCCCUGCGGAGGGAGAGCACACGAGCACCUCAGGAGCCCAGGCCGCCCAGUCUCCCCAGCCCUCGCUGCCAUGAGCUGCGUCCCAAACCACAUCCUGCCCCUGGGGCUGCUGCUGCUGGUCUGCGGAGCCCAGGGCUUUUUCCUGCCCAACGUCACACACUUAGAGAGGCUGCUCAGCAAGUACCAGCAGGACGAGCCCCACUCCCGGGUCCGGAGGGCCAUCCCCAGGACGGACAAGGAGGAGAUUCUCAUGCUGCACAACAAGCUUCGGGGCCAGGUGUCCCCGCCGGCCUCCAACAUGGAGUACAUGACCUGGGAUGAAGAGCUGGAGAAGUCGGCAGCGGCCUGGGCCCAGGAGUGCAUCUGGGAGCAUGGCCCCACCAGGCUGCUGGUGUCCAUCGGGCAGAACCUGGCUGUUCACUGGGGCAGGUAUCGCUCUCCCGGCUUCCACGUGCAGUCCUGGUAUGACGAGGUGAAGGACUACACCUACCCCUACCCCCACGAGUGCAACCCCUGGUGUCCGGAGCGGUGCUCUGGGGCCAUGUGCACCCACUACACACAGAUAGUUUGGGCCACAACCACCAAGAUUGGCUGUGCUGUGAACACCUGCCGGAGGAUAAACGUCUGGGGAGAUGUUUGGGAGAACGCGGUCUACCUCGUCUGCAAUUACUCUCCAAAGGGGAACUGGAUCGGAGAAGCCCCCUACAGAACCGGCCGGCCCUGCUCCGCGUGUCCGCCCAGGUACGGAGGCAGCUGCAAGAACAACUUGUGUUACCGAGAGACGUACGACCAAAAACCUGAAACGGACGAGAUGAAUGAGGUGGAGACGGCCCCCAUUCCUGAAGAGAAGCACGUCUGGGUCCAGCCGAGGGUGAUCAGACCCUCGAAGCCCAAGAAAGCCUCCACCGUGAACUACAUGACCCAAGUCAUCAAGUGUGACACCAAGAUGAAGGACAAGUGCAAAGGGUCCACAUGCAACAGGUACCAGUGCCCAGCUGGCUGCCUACACAACAGGGCAAAGCUCUUUGGAACGCUCUUUUAUGAAAGCGCCUCCAGCAUCUGCCGAGCCGCCAUUCACUACGGGGUCCUGGACGACGAGGGAGGCCUGGUGGACGUCACCAGGAACGGGAAGGUCCCCUUCUUCGUCAAGUCCGAGAGGAACGGCGUGCAGUCUUUGAGCAAAUACAAGUCUUCCAGCUCAUUCACGGUGUCGAAAGUAAAAGUGCAGGACCUGGACUGCUACACCACCGUGGCCCAGCUCUGCCCGUAUGAGAAGCAGGGGACGCACUGCCCAAGAGUCCGCUGCCCAGCGCACUGCAGAGACGAGCCAUCCUACUGGACCCCCGUGUUCGGGACCAACAUCUACGCAGACACCUCAAGCAUCUGUAAGACCGCCGUGCACGCGGGAGUCAUCAGGAAUGAGAGCGGGGGUUACGUGGACGUGAUGCCCGUCGAUAAGAAGAAGAUGUACGUGGGCUCCCUCAGGAACGGAGUUCAGUCUGAAAGCUUGAGGACCCCUCGAGAUGGAAAGGCCUUCCGGAUCUUUGCCGUCAGGCAGUGAACCUUCAGGGCCGGGGAGAAGGGGGCAUCUUCAAGAGGGCUUCGGGGGUUCGCUUUUUAUUUUUAUUUUGUCAUUUGGGGGGUGGGCCGGGGAUGUGGAGAGUCAGGAAACUUCCUUUGAUUGGCGUUCAGUGUCCCGCCCGCCGCGCCUUGGUCUCAGCUCCGCGCAGGGGAGCAUCCUCGGCGUCCUGAGCAGACAGCCGUGACCGUCCUGCUGAGGCCCCGGGGGGUCUCCCCCAGGAGGAGUUCUUUUGUGGAUGGAGAGCGGAUUCCAAAGGAUUCGGAGCUGACGCUGAGAGGCAUUCAGGGGCGUGGGGAGAGGUGUGUUGAUGAUACUCAGGGGGAGUUUCAGGGAUGGAGUAGAAGGCAGUUAUUUAAAACAUUAAAAACACAGUCCGUCCCUACCAGUGGAGAAAAAUGGGUUUAAUGUUUGCUGGUCAGACAAAUGGGCAGGAACAAGGGGACUCUGCCCAGGCACCUGCCCUGCUCUCGUCCUGCUGCGUGCGGGCUGGUUCUACACACAGCAGUGCUGGUUUACUUCGAGUUCAGCCGUAACUCCAGAGAUGUGUGUUGUCUUGGUCCUUCCCUUCGUCCACGUGGCCCAUCUGUUCGCUGCCGUGACCUUUGGUCUCAUUGAGGACUAAUGAACCAGGACCCUUUCUUCAUCCCCUCCCCACUGUGGCUCACACCCCGCCCAGGCUGGUUUCUGUGUCUCCCACCAGAGCCUUUGCUUGGCAAGCGAUUCUGUUGGAAGCCCACUUUUUUUUUUCCCAACUCCUCGUCUCUGUGGGUUCCACUGAGAUGUCUAAGAACAGCCAAA